AUGACCUGGGGCUCUGUUCCCGCUCGUGUGCACUUCACGGCCGCUGCUUCCAGCUCUGUCGUUGGGCUAGCCGUUCCAGGCUUCUCGUUGGCUUCCACACUGUGCACGUAUCCGGGAGGCAGCCGGGUCUGCACGCAGCGUGCUCGUCCAGGUAGUGUGGGCUGCCGAUGCGCCGCCAUGUCGGCCGGUGAGAUUUUCCUCGCCGCAUGCUCUCAUGAGUACGGCUUUCGAGCCAAGGCCUAUGAAGUCGUUCGUCACAUGCUUUUCGCCUUCGACCACCAGUCUGUCCUGAACAAGGAUUGA